GGAUGCGCCCUCGCUCCAAGCAGAGACCGCUACAGUACGAAGAUGGCGUCGGAGGGAGCCAGCGGAGAGCAGCCUCCUCCGGUACAAACACUGGCAACCGCCGUGCUGGGAAGCGUCGACACGAAAUGUGAGUUCAACAUGGAUAACCUGAGCAAGCCAGAGCUGCUCACCCUGCUGAGUAUCAUGGAGGGAGAGCUGGAGGCCCGCGACCUGGUCAUAGAGGCCCUGAGGGCUCAGAGGAAGGAGGUGUUUCUCCAAGAGCGAUACGGUCACUACAGCCUGACCGACCCCUUCCUGGCCCUUCAGAGGGACUUCGAGAGCGGUGUCCCCGGAGGAGACAAGGAGCGGCGGCCCCUGGGCUCCAGCCCCAUCUCCGUGCUGGAGGCCGUCAUGGCCCACUGCAGGAAGAUGCAGGAGCGCAUGUCGGCCCAGCUGGCCGCCGCCGAGAGCCGCCAGAAGAGGCUGGAGAUGGAGAAGCUGCAGCUCCAGAGUCUGGAGCAGGAUCACCGCAAGCUGUCGGCACAGCUGAAGGACGAGCGCGAGAAGAACAAGCACAUUGUCAUGAUGCUGGUGCGCGAGUGCAAGCAGCUCGCCACGCGGGUGGUGGAGGAGUCGCAGCGCUUCGACGAGCUCCAGGCCCGCCUGGACGAGGAGGGCCGCGCCUCCGGCCGGCUGCAGGAGGAGCUGAGCACCGAGCGGCAGCGCGGCCAGCAGAUGGAGGCCAAGAUGGAGAAGCAGCUGUCAGAGUUUGACACGGAGCGGGAGCAGCUGCGCGCCAGGCUGGGCCGCGAGGAGGUGGAGAGCCAGAGUCUGCGGCAGCAGGUGGAGCAGCUCAGGACUGAACAGGGCGAUGGGAAGGAUGGCGCCGCCGCUGUCGCCGAGCCUGCUGCUGCUGCUGCCGGAGUAGAACCUGCAGCCGCCGCCAGCACGCCACCCAAACCUAAAGCUGUGACAUCUGUUUCCGUAGCCACAGAUCCCAUAAGCUCUCGAACAGCGUCCUGCCAAACGGACCUUCCCCCCGCCGAAGUGGAGGUUCCCAAGAAGAACCCCCUCACCAUCCCCGUCAAACCGAGCCCCACCAACUACGUGGGCCUGAGUCUGCCAAAGACCAGCGGUCGGGGGAUCGUCCACAGCAGCUCAGGAGGACUGGCGCAGACGGAGAACGGCUCGGAGGGCCAAGCCCUGCACGGCUUACCCAGUGGGGUCAGCCCCCGCGUCCAGGCGGCCCGCUACAAGUUCCAGGAACAGGACCAAAACGGCACGCCGUCCCAGAGCCCUCCGGCCCGUGACCUCUCCCCCACCCCGACCAACCGGGACAACUUCGCCGCCAAGCAGCAAGCGCGUCACACCGUCACGCAGGUCCUCUCGCGCUUCACCAGCCCUCCGGCGGGAGGCGGCGGACCGCUGCGUCCGGGCCUGCCACACUCCGCAUCAGAGGGAGGCCCUUUCCCCGGCCGCCUGAGCCACCCCAUCGGCCUCAAGUCGCCCACGGUGGCCAGGAUCGACCGGGGAAACCCGCCCCCUAUCCCUCCCAAAAAGCCGGGCCUCUCCCAGACCCCCUCUCCUCCUCAUCCACCCAUCAAGGGGUUGGGGGACGGCAGCCGCUCCCCCGCGGUCGGGCUCAAACCGGCCACGCCCCAGCUGCCGCCCAAACCCGCCAUGGACCUGGUCCCAGCCCUGACGGCCUCUCAGGUGGGUGCCUGCCCCCAUUCCCGCUCAGGCCGGGGCUCUCAGCAUCAGCCGGCGGCAGCAUGCGCAGAGUGCCCCCCCAUCAUCAGCCCCGCCACCACUGUCAGUAGCCCCUCCUCCAUAAACCCCCCCUCCACCUCCUCUUCCAUUAGCGCUCCAUCCUCCCGUAGCCCCCGAGCCUCAGCGGGCAGCCCCCUGGCAACAGCAUCAGGUAAAGAGGCUCCUCCACGCUCCGUCUCCCUCCAGAUCUCCCCGCUGCCUCUUUUCUUCGACUGUCUUUCCACGGUGGAGGUGCUGCUGUCUGCAGGAGCUGCUGUGGACUUGGUGGCGGCGGAGGGGGGGCAGACCUCCCUCUUCCUGGCCUGCGAGGCGGGGGGGCUGGACUGUGUCCGGGUCCUGCUGAGUGCCGGAGCCGAUCGCUCGCGUACCACCACAGACGGCUGCACGGCUCUCCACGCGGCCGUGCGCUCCGGACACGUGGACACGCUGCGUCUCCUCCUCCGCCUCCCAACUCAGGGCGACCCCGCAGUGACCCCUGACCCCCCCGCCACCCUGGCGCUGCCCGCAGCCCUGCUGAACCAGGCCAACAGCGACGGCUGGACGGCUGCACACAUGGCUGCUGCCCUCGGCCUCAAGGAGUGUCUGGAGGUGCUGUGCAGCCACAGUGAACAGGACAUCGAGAGGAGAGAUAAGUGUAAUCGCACUAUUCAUGACGUGGCCACUGAUGACUGCAAAGAUCUACUUGAAAACCUCCACUCGUACCGGGUCCUGGUGCGUCUCCAGUGUUCCGGUGGAGGAGGAGCGGGCUCCAUGUGUCCCGUGGAGGCCCUGGAGGAGGAGGCCAACGGCGUCACCAGCAGCCGGUCGGCGCUGGGCCGCGUGUCGGUCGACCGGUCGACGCGCUGGUGUCAGCUGAGCUCCGCCCUCGGCCUCGCCUUCGCCUCCUACCUCCAGACCGUCUGUGGGGAGUCUCAGACGGCCGGGAAAGAGGCGCAGCGCCCACUGCUCGGCCUCAGUCCCGCCAGUAUCACCUCCAUCCUUAUAGGAGACACCGAGUGGUUGCCAGAUCAGGAGCUGCCUCUGUCCCCCUGGGACCUGGUCCGAAAGCCUCUGAGCCAGAGCAUCACCCUCCGCCUCAAAGGCCUGUCUGAGUCGUGUCUCGAUGAGUUGGCUCUGGAACACCUCUUCCCGCUGCCGCUGCUGCACAACUACGUCCGCCUGGUGGAGCAGUACGGGAACCUCAUCUUUCAUGGGCUCGAGGGCAGCUGUCAGGAAUACAUCGCCAACCUGGUCGCUCGCUGUAUCAAAUCCAAGCAAGAGAUGGGGGGGCUCGGCUGUGACGUGGUGAGGGUGGAAGUGGAGGAGAGCCUGACCAAAGAGCAGCUGCUGGAGACUUUCAUCAGCUGUGGUUUCCUGGUUCCGGCGGUGGGCUCGGGUGUGCCAGGCGGUCCCCCUGGUCCCUGUGUGGUGGUGUUGCUGGAGGGACUGGAGAAGGCUUCAUCCCUAACAGGCCUGCUGGGAGACCUCUGCCCCAGUCUGGACAACAGGAGCUCUUCUUCACCGCUGGUCCUCAGCACCGGUCCCCACCGCUUUCACGAAGGCAGCUUCCUGAUUGCGACGCUGACUAAGCCCCGCCUGCAGGGCUCGGAGCUCCGCCUCCAGCAGCAUUUCCGCUGGGUGACGCUGCGCUGGGACCAGGAGCCGCUGCACGGCCUGCUGGGAAGACACCUCCGCAGAAAGCUGCUCCAUAAGAUGGGCACUGGAGUCUGGUCGCCUGCUGGCGUCAUGGAGCGGUGUGUGUUGUGGGUGAACCAGGUGUGGCAGCAGCUCAACGCCUGUCUGUCCCGUCUGGGGACCCACGAGGCUUUGCUGGGCCCGCAGCUCUUCCUGUCCUGCCCCGUGGUCCCGAACAACACACAGGCAGUCGUCAGGUGGCUGUCUCGGCUCUGGAACGCCGUGGUCGUCCCCCGCGUAGAAGAAGCCAUCAUCUCGCGGGUAACAGCCAAGCGCUGCUGCUCCUCCUCCCUCUCUAGCACCUCCUCCUCUUCCUCAUCACAGCGAUCGUCUCCUAGCAGCUGUGGCUUGACCGCCGGGCAGCAGGCCGUGGUGAAGGCCGCUCUCAGCAUCCUGGUCAACAAGGCUGUUCUCCAAGGCUGCCCGCUGCCUCGACACGAGAUCGACAGGUAUCUGCUGGAGUUUCGGGGCGGGACCUUCCCUCUGUCGGCCAUCGGCUGCUAUAAAGCAAGUGGCAACGGAGGAGGUAGAAAGGGGCGGGACAGCGGCAAGUUGAGACGAUCCAACACCAGUCCUCGGAAGAAGGGAAGCCCCGCCUUGAGCUGGAGCUCAGGCGGUUCCUUUAGAGAGGGUUCACUGUCCAGCACUGACGUCAGCUUCAUCAACAACGGCGACGCCCAGAGGGAGCCUGCAGGUCUGUCUGUGUUCUCUGACGACGAGACAGAUUUAAUCAGAGAGCUGCAGACUUUGUGCUCCAGCAAGUCAGAGCCGGACAUCAGCAAGAUCUCUCAGACCAAAGACCACCUGAUCCUGUUCUCCAGCUCUCCCAGUGAGGGGACGCCCCCGCACACGGCCGAGCAGGAAACCGCCGUCCAGCAGCGACUGCAGACGACUGUCGCCCGUCGGUGCAGCAGCUCCAGCCAGACAUCCGUCCCGACAUCGUCCGUCCAGACGAGCGACCGGCGUUCGGGCUCUCGCGCAAAGUCGCAGCUCCCCGUCCCGAGCAGCAGGGGGCAGCAGACACGAGCCUCCAGCUCCGCCUCCUCCUCCAGCAGCAGAACAAAGCCGACUCCUCCAGGCAGCAACAACAACUACUACUACGACUACCACAACAACAUCAACGAAAACAACCAAUCACACGAGGACAUCUGGAUCCUCCACGGAGACCUGCAUGAACACAACAACAACAAGUAGACGACUCCUCCUCCUCUGACUCCGCUGUGAAAACCUCCCUCCAUGGUGUACAGACUGUGUACCUGACGACCUUUGACUUUUAGUAUUUGUACUUGUUAUCCGUACUUGUUGCACUGUAUGUGUACUUGGGGACCAUAGUUUUAUUAUAUCACAGUAUUUGAAGUAUUUGUUUGGUUUGGUAAGACUUUUAAAUGGGGGGUGAAAAAAAACGAGAGGUUACUUAACUGUUGCCUUAUUCCAGUGUAUCGACCUGCAGAUUAUUACGGGACAGUGUAGAAGAUAGAAAGUAUUUAAAUGGUGGAAACUGCCUCAGAACAGUACUGACACAGUAUUUCUGUGUACUUAAAGUGAAAUACUGUGCUCGUACUACUGCUUUAAGGCCAUCGAAGAGUAACUGAAGGUGUUACCUUUUUAGUGAAAAGUGUUUUUGGAUCAAAGAAGAAGAAACAAGCAGGUUUUUAUUUUAUUUUAAUUUCUUUUCUUUUUUUGCUAUUAAGUAUUUUGAGAUAUUCAAGUGUUUUAUCUUUAAAUAGUUGCAAGGUUGGUUUAAAUACUGUUGAAAUGAAUCAGGGUUUUACCAAAUAUAUUUGUACAUAAGAAUUAGUACGUUUAAAUGCUCUAUAGAUUGGUGUACGUGACGUAUGAUGCUUGUACAGUGACGAAACCUUAAAGCUAAACUGCUGAAAAAAAAAAAACAACUGAAAUGUGUACAUAGUGUUUGUAAAAGGAGUUUGUUUCUGAACCCGUCACUUGUUUCAGAGUGACAGCGCUGUGGCAAUAAGUAAUAGAACUGUAUGAACACAGGACGUCCUAUCAACUGUAAGCCAUAAUAAAGAUUUUAAAUGCCUGUCAUUUAAGCCCAACGGUGUAAUUCAUACUUUAUUCUUUUCGUCCUUUUUGCUUUCCAUCACCACUGUGCUCGCUCUUACUCUUGAGGACAAGUUUUACGUGAAGCGGACGUGUUUAUAUACAGUAUAUAUAUAAAUAUAUAUCUCUACAUAUGUACAGGAGAGAUUCUAGUCAGCCUCUGAUUUUGAUGUGUACGAUAGCUGUUUGGAGUUUAUAGAACUGUCUUUCAAGCACAAACAUUAAAAUGGCACUGUUAGAAAUCCCCAUCGGACUCCUUUUUAUUCUUUUAAAUCCCCCUUUGUGUUCUUGUAUUAAAAUAAAUCAUGAAUCUGAUCAUAGUUGUUUUGUUUUUAAACGUAAUAUGAUUCCAGUUUAUCCUCAGCCGGACUCGUUUCUGUUGGAUUAAGUUUAAACAUUUCACACAAGCAACAGGAGGCUGACUGCAGUUCUCUUAACGACCAUCGGUGUCGUUAAAGAUAAGUUACAGAUGGAGAGAAACCUACAGAAAGAAUAUGUCUUUGUGAAAGCUUCUGAAGUCAGUUUGUAUCAUUUUGUGGGUAAAAUAUGUUUUUUUUACAUACUGUUGCAUUUAGAGUAGAAAUUGUUCAUGUAAACCACAAACAAGACCCCAAAAAAUAAAAUAGAGUUUUCCUUUAACUUCUCCGGCUUUUAACACAAAUGACAAAAACAUGACGACGUUCUUAAAAUCUUUAUAGUUUUACUGGAAAUAUAGUUGAUUGAACAAAUACAUUUAUACAUUGUUUUUGGACGUCUGCGUCCCUUUCCUAUGAGUAAGAAACAACUUUGUUCUUCAUUUACUCUGUAAAAAAAAAGAACAGAAUCUGUCACAGUUCACAUAUCGAGGCUUUUGUCCGCGGUACCUUCAUCGCUGCUUUACAAAACUAUUACACAGCAUGAAAGGAGCAACACACGAGAAGAUAAAGUGAUGUUAGAAGAUCUUAAACAGUUUCCAGUUUCAGAGGGAAAGUAAAGACAAAACUUUGAACUUGUUAAUGUUUGCGUUUGUACAGCAGCGGCUCUGAAAAAAUAUAUAUUUCAAAUAG